GAUGAAAAUUGUCAAAUAUAGUAUGCUUACAUUACUUAUAUUAUGAUUUUAUGGUUUAGUAAAUCACACUCGCCUGUCCUCAGAAACUGUCAGUAGAAGGGGCAAAAUGUAUAGGUUGAAUUCUCUCUUUCAAUUUGUAUUUCUGGUUGACUACCCACUCCCUUUGUCCCAAGUUAUAGGUUGUUUUGGCUUUUUUAGGUACAUAGCUUUUGCUAUGCACCUAGAUAUAUGCUGUGUCAAUCUAGGUGUAAGUAGCUGCAGCUGCAGUUGGAAAGAAGCAAAGUCCAUACGCCCUGAACGAUGACCUUAGUUGUUGCAGCUGUAUUUGUCUCGGUUCAGACUUCAGCGCAGUAGAAACUUCUAACUGGCUGCGCUAGCUCCUGUAGCUGCUGUCGCAGCUGCAGCCGCAGCCUGCGGCAGCAAGCUCUACUGAGCGCUCUUGAUGGGGCAUGAGUUUUGAUCUUUGUGGUGGGGUUGACUAUUCUGUACUUAGCCGACCAUUACUUUACUUUCAAGAUGUUAAAUAGCUAAACUUCAUGGUACAAAUAUCUGUUGUCAAUUUCCUCAAUGCAUUUCAGAUUAUCAAACUAAUUACCUUCACAACGAGCGGAGGUGCUUAUCUAAACUUCACGGGCAAUGAAUUUGCACAUCCAAAAAGAGUUGAAUUUCCUAUGUCAAGCAAUGACUAUUCCUUCCGGUUAGCGAAUCGGCAAUGGGAACUAUUGGACAAGGGUUUUCACAAACAUUUCUUUGACUUUGACAAGGAUGUUAUGAGCUUGGAUGAAAAUGAAAGGAUAAUUUCCAAAGGUUCACCCAGUAUUCAUCACUGUGAUGACACGAGCAUGGUCAUAUGUUUCACAAGGGGGCCUUUUCUUUUCGUAUUUAAUUUCAAUCCUGAAGUCUCCCAUCAGUCAUAUCAUGUUGGUGUGGAUGAAGCCGGGGAAUAUCAACUCAUCUUGAACACGGAUGAAACUAAAUAUGGUGGACGGGGAGAGCUCAAGAGUAGUCAAUAUGUGAGGAGGACCUGUGACAAAAGGGUUGACGGUUGCCGCAACUCCUUGGAAUUGUCAUUAUCACUUAGAAGUGCUCAGGUGGGUACAUAUGCUAGUCCUUUGUAG